AUGCAAAUAGAUAAAAACACAAAAUACGACCGGCAAAUCAGACUUUGGGCCACCACAGGGCAAAGCCGGCUUGAAAAGUCUCAUGUCUGUGUGAUCGGAGCCACUGCAACCGGAUCAGAAAUCCUCAAAAACCUCGUUCUUCCGGGAAUUGGGACGUUCACCAUCAUAGAUAGCGCCAUCGUGGCCGAAGAUGAUCUCAGCGGCAAUUUCUUUUUGCAAGACGACGACUUGGGCUCCGAGAUUGCUCCUGCAAUGUGCAAAAGCCUUUUGGAUCUCAAUUCGGACGUCAAUGGACACGCCGUCACCCAGCCUAUAAGUGACUUGUUGGGAGCUCCCGACUUUUGGGACCAGUUUGCAGCAGUAGUUCUAACAAAGAGGCUAGACCCGCAGGUCUACCUCGGCUUGAAGCAAAAGCUAUGGGAGAAAAACGUUCCGCUUUUGAGCGUGGCCACUGCCGGUUUUUAUGGCAUGCUCCACAUUAUCAGCAGAGAAACCACCAUUGUCGAGACACACGAUCCGUCCAAAGUUUUCGACCUACGCAUCGACUGUCCAUGGCCGGAACUCCAAGAGUAUGCCGACUCCUUUGUUCUAGAAGAGUUGGACUCUACUGAACAUGCACACGUGCCAUAUAUAGUCAUUUUCAUCAAAGCCCUACAGCGGUGGAAAGCAGACCACAAUGAUCUUCCACCGCAGAACUAUGCCGAAAAGAAAGAGUUUCGAUCUGCCUAUGUGGAGAGUAUGGCACGCAAUCUUGCCACUGAGACAAACUUUCUUGAAGCAUCGCAAUCGAUCCAUCGGGCAUUGCAGGUUACCAGAAUUCCGGAAGCGGUAAAGCAACUAUUCAAUGCUCCGGAACUCCAAACUUUAUCUUCGUCUACCUCGCUUUUUUGGCUUUUUGUGGCGGCAUUGAAGGAAUUUGUGGCCAGAAACGAUAACAAAUUGCCCCUACCAGGAAAUCUUCCGGACAUGACAUCAAAGACCUCCAACUACAUCAGGUUACAGAACAUCUACCGGAAAAAGGCCGCUGUUGACCAGCAAGCGUUUUCUGAAGCACUUUCAGGUAUUUUUCACCAAGUCGGUCUACAUGAAAAGGACUUGAACCAAGACAUGAUUGCAUCCUUCUGCAAGAACAGCGCCUUUCUCUAUGUGUCGAAGGGUAGUCUUCUUCAGUAUUCCGAGCCACUCUUGAAUGAGUUGAGGUCCUUAUGUGAAAAGGAAUGUGAAAACAAUACGUUGGCGAUAUAUUUUGGUAUACUUGCUUUACACGAUUUGUUAGACCACGGAGCUAUCAACGACUUCGACUCUUAUGUCCAACAUUUUAGCCAAUUGUUUCUACUUUCAUCAUCUAUUUCACUGGGCGUUUUGAAAAUCUUAAAGGAGCUUUUCGUCCAUUAUACCACUAACUACCAUAAUAUCUGCAGCCUUAUGGGUGGUAUUGGUUCUCAAGAGGUUUUGAAGAUUGUAACUCAGCAGUAUAUCCCUCUCGAUAACUUGUAUGUUUUCGACGGCGUCAAAUCUAUCAGCGAUAAAUGGAAAAUCUGA